UAUGGGUUUGUAAUUACAGUAGUACGCUGACGCAGGUCAUCACACACAACAAUGGAAAAACCAUUGUUCGCGUGAAGUCUUGUUUUUUUUUUUCGAGUGCAAAAUAACAAGUUUUUUUUUAUUAUUUAAACAAGGAGAAUAAAAAAAUUAUUACACAGCAUCUUACGCGAAAUGAUCGGUCUAGUAUAAAAGUCUGUGUUCAUUUAUCUGUGAAAUUAUCUCGUCAUUGAUUUCAUUGCACCUGGUAAAGUGGUGUCCCAGAAUUCCCCGAGACAAUUGUCGCAUUGUGCCAAAAAGUAUAUAUGUGUGAUUUGUUGAGUGCGCAUUAAAAGAAAAAAGUGAAAAUCUUUUUAUUUUUCUCUAGGAAAACGAAUAAGAAGAAUUUGCAAAUAUGCCAGAAAGCAGUGCUGUUUAUCAACCAACAACAGUGGGCUAUGCCUAUGAUAAUGGAAGAGAUCCACGUAUAACAAGUGGUCUAAGAAAUAGUUUCUCCAGACUCUUUUCAAGACAUAAAUUCAGCUCGAGAAAAUGGCUCGAGUGGCUUCUUUUAUCUGUUUCAUUUUGUAUCUUUGUCGCUGGCCUGACAGAAUUGAUUGUUAAUCUAGCAUCAGACGAUGAUUCAACAAAGAACAAAGCUCAGGAUACGGAGAAGAAAACACCGCCAGUGAAAGAUGCAACGACAGAAGUUGAGGAACACGUGGGAAGUGGUUCCAGUGGAUCAUUGGCAGUGGGCGCGACAAUGAUGUUUUUUGGAUUAUUUUUGGGCAUUAUUUGGGUGUGGCUUCGAUUUUUCCGACGAAGUAAAUCCCCGAGGGGGGGAUUGAGCGGUGGUGGUGGACAGUAUGGACCAGUUCUCACUGAAUUGCCGAGUCAAAUGAAACUCAAAUCAUCAUCAUCGGAGGCACGAGAGACACCAGUCACAUUGCCAUUAUCCGAUCAGGAGGAGGAAACGCAUACACUUAUGCAAGAACCAUCAUCGCCACCAACUGCAUCAGGAGGUGGUGGUAACAAUAUUGUCACCAGUCAAAUACCAGGAUGAAUGUCUCACAUCGCUCUUGGGUAUCAAACAUCAAGUAUAUAAAGAAAAUAAUUUUAUUUUUUGUCUCAAUUAAUAAAAAAAAAAGAGGCCGCGGGCACUGAUUAUUUUUCGCAGAUUGCAAAUGCUGCUUCCUUUGACUUAGAUAAAGUAGAAUUCAAAUUCUUCAAACUUCAAAAGAUUCGCGAAGUUUGAUUUACAAUGAAAAUCGCAAUAAUUCCAAUUAUCAAGGAGCAUUAAUUCUAUGUAAAAAAAAAAUUUACAUAACUUCUGCUCAAUAUAGUCUUAGGCCGUUAGAUCAUUCGUUCAGAAUUGUUAGAUAUUAGAUAAUAUCUGGUUUCUUACAUAUAAAUAUUCUCAUAUAUUUCACAAUUUUUAGUUAGUCGCUAUUUUAGAAAUAGUUUCUCAUUAUUUUAUGAGACAGUGAAAAAAAAACCGGUUAGAGGAUUGGAAGGAGAAAUGAGAAUAGACUAAAUGAGAUGAUAAAAGCAAUUAUUCUGCUCUUAAUAAAUGAAGCAUAGACAAUCGACAAAGUUCUGCAUAACAAAGUUAGGUUGAAAAACUUUUUGAAAAAUUGCCCUUUCGAUUAGCUGUUCUUUAAGAAAAAAAAAUUGCACGAAUUCAAAAUUGGAUUGUUUCGUAAUGCAGAUUCUUUGAUCCUUGUCUUUUCAUCUCUUUCAUGCAAAAUUAUUCGAUAAUUUUUCAAUUUGCACACAGUGCACCCGUAUUAUGUAUAAAUAUAAUAAUUUAAGCUUCGAAUUUUUAGAAUUUAAAAAUGCCUACAUGCAAUGACACAUUACCGAGAGCUUUCAUUCGCUGACUCUCCUCCAAGUGAAUCCCUAACUUAAAUAUAUUUAUGUUUUUAAAAACAAAAAAUGUUUAAUUUUUAAUCAAAAUAAUGUUUCUAAAAGCAUAAAGAAAAAGAAAACAUUUCAAAACAAUGUUUUUCAAGAAACAAAACUUGUUUCCAAAACAAAAAAUCGUUUUAAAAUGCAAAAAGAAAAAUGUUUUUAAAACGUAAAAAUUGUUUUCAAAACAGAGAAAAUGUUUUUAAUAUAAAAGUUUCUAUUUUUAAAAUCGGAUACUUUUUUUUAUAAAUAUCAUUAAUUUUAGUUAAGAACUAAGAUAGUGAUUUAAUUAUAUUUUUUACUUAUAUGUAUUUUUUGAAAAUAUGUUUGUGACCGACUUUUCUGUCCGGUUUUUUAUUUUGAAUAAUAAAAAUCACGUGAAAGAUUUUAAGUUCCGCUGUCGGUUGCACAAACAAAAUGUUUAUAGAUUGACUGAAUAUUUUUUAUUACAUACAAUCUUUAUUUUAUUGUAGAAUUCUUAAGAUUUAAUUUUCAUUCAUGAAUUUUCGUUUAUUAAAAUUUCAUUAAUAAUAAGAAUAAUUUAUCCACAGCUUUUUACAACUGUGUGAUUACCCCCAUGACUAUACAAGAUUUUUCUACUCCACAAUUUUCGCACCUCUAAUAUUGAAAUGCCUAAAUUUAUUUAUUUUUGUUUUUAUUUACUAACGAAAACUUGUAUCUAAUUUUUAACUUGAAAAUAAAUUCGUACGUCCACAACAUUUUUUUAACUCCGUCCAAACAACGAUUUUAUAAAGAGAGAGUGCGAAAAUCUCUCGACAAUUAUUUCUAAAUCAUAAUCUUUCAUUUUUAAUCUAUAUAACAAAAUUUUCAAAUAUUUAUAAGAAGUAUCACAAUUUUUCCAGUAAAAACUACUUUAAUAUUGUAAUGAGGAUUUAACGAUAUUUCAAAAAUUUAUUAUACUAUAAAAAAAUUACACAAUAUUUCACUUCUACUUGUUAAUAAGAAAAUUCUCAAGACAGCGAUUCGCUUUAUGUGCACGAUAAAACAUUUUUUUUUUUGUUCUUUGUUUUGAAUAAAUAUAUAGGUAUAUAUUAUAUUUGUACAAAAAUGAACUUAGAAAUUAUGUACAACUAUUUUUGUUUCAUUCAUAAAAUUUAUCACCUGUAAAAUAUUAAACUAGCUACUGGAUAAUAUGAUUGUUUUAUAGCAGUUGUUAAAACAUACCUCACGAAUUUUGUUUUUGGUUAUUAUAAAUAGGACGUUAAAUAAGUGCUAAUAAAUUGCUUUAAAAAUA